AUGGCAAGCUCAAAAACCGGAACGAGCACUAACGAUACAUUUGGAGGUCAGUAUGAGGUGUUCCUGAAUUUUAGAGGGCUUGACACUCGUCAUGGAUUCACCAACUGCCUCAAACAUGCCUUGGUAGAUGCCGGGAUUUGUGUUUUCUUUGAUGAUGAGGCAAUUCGACUAGGUGAAAGACUUAGCGACAUCCUUCUGCAAGCGAUCAAUGAUUCCAAGCUGUACAUACCCAUCUUCUCCAAAAGGUAUGCGUCAAGUCAUUGGUGCCUCCGUGAGCUUGCCAAGAUAAUAGAGAACUCUAAAUCGAACGAAAAUGGGAAGGUCAUGUUGCCCAUCUUCUAUGAUGUGGAACCCGAUGAUGUGAAGUUGAAAACCCCCGUAACCGGGGUCGGGGUGUACGGCGAAGCACUGUCACAGUUGGCGGAAGAGAAGAAGCAAAACUCAGAGGAGAAGAAGUACAACUCAGAGGACGUGAAGACAUGGCGGCAAGCUCUCAAAGAAGUUGGUGACACCAAGGGAUUCAAGCUGAAGGAUUUUUCAGGCAACGAUGGGGAUCUUCUCAAGGCGGUUGUUGACGAGGUUCUGGACAGGCUACAAACAAGACAAAGACAGGAGCCUAAAAAUUUAGUUGGCAUGAAGGAUUGUAUGACAGCCAUAGACAAAUUAUUAGACAUCGACUCCGAUGAUGUGCGGCUCAUUGUAAUCUAUGGGAUGGGCGGCAUCGGUAAGACAACACUCGCUAAUAUUAUCUUUAACAAACUAUGUCAUCGCUUUGGGAAAAAUUGCAGCUUUCUUGGUGAUGUGAGGGAAACGGCGAAAGAAAAGGAAGGGUUGGUCAAGCUACAAAAAAAAUUAUUGUCUGAUAUCUCUUAUUUUAAAGCAGAUCAAAAUAUCGAAAGUACUUAUCAUGGGAUGAAUAGAAUUGGAGAAACAAUUUGCAACAAGAAGAUGCUAAUUGUAUUGGAUGAUGUUGAUGAGGCCAACCAGAUCCUACAACUAAUCGGAGAGAAAUAUUUGCAUCAAGGUAGUAGAAUACUUGUUACUACUAGGGACAAGAAUGUUCUGACUAACACAAAACUUAAGUAUGAAUUUAAGGAUUAUGAGAUGAUGGGGUUGAUCGGUAAAGAUGCACUUAAACUUUUUAGUAGGCAUGCCUUCAAUGAAGACUCUCCUCCAGCUGAUUAUUGCGCUUUUUCAAAGGGCAUUAUCGAUACUACAUGUGGACUACCUUUAGCUCUUCAAGCAAUUGGUUCAUCACUUUUUGGGAAAAAGAGAGAGCUAUGGGAAGAGUGGCUAGAGAGGCUACAAAAAACACCUCAUGAGGAUGUCUUGGCAAAGCUUAAGAUUAGCUAUGAUGCCUUACAUCAGAAUGAAAAACAGAUAUUCCUUGAUAUUGCAUGCUUUUUCGCUGGUAAGAGUAAGACUAAUCCAAUGUACGUGUGGAAAGCUUGUAAUUUGUACCCAGUGGAUGCCAUCGAUGUCCUCAUUAACAGAUGCAUGAUAAAGGAGUUAGACAAUAAUAGCCUUUGGAUGCAUGAUCAAUUUAGAGACCUUGGAAGGAAAAUUGCCAGAGAAAAGCGUAUCGGAUUGUGGGAUGAAGACGACAUCAUUUGUGAAUUAAGAUCAAGAAAGAACAAGGAAAGCUUUGAAGCACUCAGUUUCUCAGCACCGUGGGAUUGUAAAACUAUCACUUCGGAGCAAAUUAAGUGGUUCCCGCAUUUGCGGAUUCUUCGGUUGUAUGAGGUAAUCUGCCAAGGUGACUUUACGGGCUGUCUUUCCGAUUUGAGAUGGAUCGAUUUGAGUUACGCUUAUACUGAUUAUACCCAUGUCCACUCUAAUAAACGUUUGGAGGCAACCAAUCUGUUGCAUCUAGAAAACGCAGUUGUGGUGAAUCUUAGUGGGCUUGAUAUCACAAAAGAUGUGCUUCAGAGCCUAAUCGAGGGGGCAAGGAAAUUGAAGGUUCUCACUAUUAGGUACAAUAAGUUGAUAAAUGGGACACCAACUUUUCGUGAGGACUCAGUUUUAGAGGAGUUGGCUAUUUCUUCAUUUUGGUCUUUGAUGCGAAUUGACCACUCUAUUGGGAAGCUAAAGUGGCUGACUCACUUGAAAAUUAAAUCUUGUUACAGACUGAGAAAAUUGCCUGAACAGAUUGGAAAGCUACAGAAUCUGCAACAUCUCUCUCUUAAAAGUUGUCAUGACCUAAUUGAACUCCCCGACUCAGUUUCAAAAUUAGAGAAGUUAAUGAAACUGGAUGUAUCUAGCACGAAUAUUUCAAGAUUACCGAAUUCCAUUGAUAGACUACGAAACCUGUUAUUUAUCAAUGCAUCAUGCACACAAAUUGAAGAGCUGCCCAGUACAAUGAGCAAGCUUUGUCAACUCAAAACACUAGACUUGAGGUUUUAUAAGAUACAAGAGUUACCGAAACUCCCCAGAAGUUUGACCACUCUUAAAUUGGCAUCUGAGUUGUUGCUUACUGUCCCUGACCUCUCAUACCUUACUAAUCUAGCUGAACUGUUCCUAUCUGGUCGUUAUGAACAUAGACACCCAGCAUAUGAAUUCCAAACUGGCCAUAGACACCCAUCAAAUGAAUUCCAAACUGGCGACUUGGGGUGGAUUGGGAGUUUAACCAAAGUGAGCAAGCUGCACAUUUGCUUUACAAAUGUCCGCGCACCAACUACAGAGUUGGGUUCCCUUUCUCUACUGAAAGAACUUACUCUAUACGGACUAGACUUGCCAACUUUCAAACACCUCCCGUCAAAUUUGAUAGUUUUAGAGCUCUACGAAACUCGAGGGAUACAAGUACACCUCGAUGGGCUUCCUCCAUCGGAAAAGGAGACUCCAUUCCUUCCAACAAGUUUGGGAAAACCGAAAGAAAACAAGGUGUCCAGGCAACUUGAUGUUCAAUUUCUCGAUGUCUUAGAAUCGUCAGAAAGAUCAUGUAUUCAGGACUGCAGACCUUCCGAGAGUUUGGUUUGUCAGCCGGAGGAGCCGGGGUGCAGUGGACUACAAGAUCCCAAGUUGAUUGAUCAUUGGAGGGGAGCGAUCCUUUUCCCAAGCUCCCAAAAGAUGCUUGUAAAAUUUCUUCUGUCAGGGUUCCCUGAGGUGCAGGAUAUUCAAUUUGUUACUGCGUUCGAAUCAUUGGAAGAAUUUUAUGUUAAAGAGUGCCUUUCGUUAAAAAGCUUAGGCGGUUUGUCAAACUCGAAGAACUUGAAGCGGUUACAAAUUCACCAGUGCCCGAGCCUGCAGGUUGUUGAGGGCAUUGAAGAACUAGGGUUUUUGGGUGAAUUGGAAAUUUGGGGGUGCAGAUCAAUGGGAAGGAUUCUUGAUUCAUCGAGCUCCAAAAUACCAGAUAAUUGCUCGAUACUCAUAACAGGUAGCGGGGAGUUACCCGACUGUCGUGAUCCUUACGGCGGGUGGAAGUUUGACCGUUGGGACUGUUACAGAGAGAAGAUUCUGAAUGGAGCAGAACAAGCGUGGAGCUCUGAAACUGAAAUAGUGUACUCUGAAACAGAAACAAUGUACUCCGAAAUAGAAACAGUGGACUCUGAAACAGAAACAGAAGAUUCUCCGCAGAAAACGAACCGGGAAAACAAAGGGAUGAAAAGGAAGAGAGAGACAGAGUCGGCACAAGAACAAGGAGAAAGCAAGAGGGGAAAAUUUGAAAUGAAAGGAUUGGUUCGGUUGUUUGAGAAAAACUCAAGAUUUAAAAAAUAUUUUUCAAAAGAUAAUUGCUUAUAUUUUUUAUAAAAAUGAAUGAAUGAAAAUAUAUUUAUCACCAAGAAUAUAACUAGGCAUAAAUUAUUGAUAUUAAAGAAAAUAUUUUUGUCUGUUAAUUUUUGUAACAGAUAUGACCAAUCAUCUUUUAAAUAAUGUUUUUCCAAAUUUUGAGUUUUAUGUUAAAUAAAUGCAUCUUUAAAGUGAAGCCAUUUUCUCGAAAAAAUGACCUCAAAUCAGUCUCAAAUAAAGAUCCGAGCUCGUCAGUUGGUGGCCCAUAUUUUUCGGCAGCUAAAACAAGAGUAAUUUUGUCCAAAAUCUGUAAAUAGUAAAAAAUUGAAGAAAAUCCCGAAUUGAAUUGGGAUUAGAGUUCUUUUUCACUUUUUCUUCUUCUUGUCUCCCGCUGCUCAAGCAAAUCGCUGUCGCUCGAUCCUCGGUGACUUGGCGCCCAAUCCUCGUCGCUACUCAUUUGCUCCUCCCAAGCUUCAGUCCGUCGUUCGCUGCCGUCUCUCCUUUCCCAGGUUCCGUUGUCCGCAAGCUUCAAGUCCUUAUCCGCGAGCUUCGAGUCCUUAGUCCGUGAGCUUCAAGUCCUUCUCCAGUGCCACUUUUCACUCUUAUGCACAUUUUCUUCUUCAGUACCGCUCAGCUGGGGGAAUUUGGGCAUUCAUUAACUCCAUCGGUGGCGGGAGUCAUGGGUCUGAAGUCAAGCUCUGGAUCACCAGUUAAUCGUUGAAGAACAGGUACGAGUUGUGUGGCAGCUGGUGUUUAGUUGAAUGUAAUCGUGUGAUUUAUCUUUGUGUUGUUAAGCAUGAGCUCGAGCUCUAGCUCUAGCUUCAUAUGGUAAUAGUUGCAUAAGGGUCUGCUUUCUUGCAAUUGUUUGACUAUUUGAAAGCCUGGUCUUGUUUUGUUGCUAUGCUCCUCUGGACUACUCGGUUGAUUGUAAUCAUGUGCCGGCGUGUUGUGCAUUUGUUAGUUGGGUAUUA